AUGACCGGCUUGGGUGAAAAAGUUUCAACUUCAACGAUAACUCCUAAUACUCCUGAUUCUACUACUACACCAUCAUCAUGGGGGUUUGUUUCCUUAUUUAAAAACAUAUCAGAUUAUCGAAAGAAACUAAAUUUGCCCAAUCCGGGCACUUUUGAAAAUCUACAUCGCGAGGUUAAAGCGACAUUCCUUACGAAUCAUUUAUUCGAUGGUGCUAGAGUCGACCUUACUAAAGUCUUAUCACAAAACAUGCAAGUCACACAUUCAUUUUCUAUGGGUUCCACGGUAACUCCUCCAUUGUAUAAUUUUGGUGCUGCUUUUAUCGGUGCGAAAUCAUUUCUUCAUGGUACAAUUGAUACAGAUGGUAGUUUAACAGCGCGUAUGAAUUAUGCAUGGAAUGCAAACAAUGUGACAAGAAAACUAAAUCCAGGGACAAUCUUUUGUUCUAUCACCGCACUUACACGACCAGUCGUAUCUACCUAUAAUUUAGUUGAAUCAUAUGUAUGGUAG